CUCAGACAAUUACACGUUAAACUCCAAAUUACUGUGAGUGGAUAAGUUCAAGGCUACAUUUUCGUCGGUAUUGGCCUCAUGCUGGCAAGCAUGCUGACGGGUUCUUGUUUAGUGAGCGCCUUUUGUUAUAGUUUUUAUAGCUAUAGAAUAUCGGAAAACGCCGAAUGAAAAGUCGAUGUCUUUUGUUUCAUUUGAACUGAUGCAUUAAAAAGCAUUUUCAUUAUAUAUGUGGCCUUAUGAGCAAAGGGUAUUUUUCGUUAUUCUAUAAAAACUCUCGAACGAAAAGCUCGUUAAAAUUCCAUAAUACGAUAUAUAGUUAUUAGUUUCAACUGCAAAUUCAUAUCUAUUUGACCUUUAACGUAAAAUAAAACUCCUGAACAUGAAUAAUAUACAGCUAUCACGGCCGCACGGGAAUUAAAGCAGCAUCAUUUUAAAAAUUAUUUACGUAUUUACAGACAUAGAAAGUUCUACUUUUUAAAUUUUAUAAAUAGUAUCGAUUUCGUGGACAGAGACUAGCCUAGAGGAAAGGGAAUUAUUACUUUGAAUAUGAUAGAUAUUAAUAGAGCCUUUAAAAAAGAAGGAUAAAAGAUAUUUCAAUGGUUUUGACUUCGGAAACUGGUCAUAUUUACACGAGGCUUCAAAUACAAGCAGAUAAUUAUAUAUAGCUAGUGCAUGGUCUCCACAAACAUGCAAUUUUAAGACGGCGCGUGAUUUUUGCGUGAAUCAUUAUAAAUCAUGCUAUUGUUGGAGGUGCAUACCCUCAGGACAGGUGGUGAGUGUCGGUCACGGUCAAAGCAUGUAUAUUAUACAACACGGGCACAGACAUUUCAUUACAUAUUUUUCUCCAACAUUUUCAUUGAAAAUAUAAUAUUUUUAAAGAUUAAUUAACAAAAAAAAAGAAGAUUGCGGCGCCUCGUUGACAAUGCUCAUUACCCUUGUGACAUGCUCAUGAGGUCUGGCAACAGCUAAGCUCGCGUGUUGGAGAGGAAUUUUUGUUCACAUGCAUAGCUUUUACAUAAGCCGUGCGUUACAUGGUCUUGGAAAUUCUUUCAGACAUUCAUUGCUUGCAGAAGGUAAUUCCGAGUCAUUCGUUUACAUAAGUUCGCGGUCUGCACAUCUCAGCUUCAUUGGAAAAUAUUUAAAAGUUUGAUUUAAUUUUCACUCUCGCGUUAGUGGUAAAGGCAUCAAACACAAGUGUGGUAAAGUUAUACGAGAGCGAAUCGGUUUUUGGCGGUCUUCAAGUAGAUUUAUUUUCCGAGUAUACAACGAUAACUUACUAAUAAAAGCAGACGUACAAAAAUGCGCUGCACUUUAGAUUGGAAAAGUCGUCUACCCAUCGUUAAGUGGUUGCCAAAAUACAACCUACAGUCGUUGCAAAGCGAUCUUAUUGCUGGUAUAACCGUUGGUCUAAUGGUUAUCCCUCAGGGUCUAGCCUAUGGCGUACUUGCUGGGUUGCCUCCCCAGUACGGUUUGUACAACGCGUUCAUGGGUAGCUUUAUAUAUUGUUUCCUUGGGUCAAGCAAAGAUGUGACCCUAGGACCGACAGCAAUAAUGUCUCUGAUGGUGGCGACAUACGGUCGUCAGAAUGAUGCCCACUACGCGGUGGCGUUAUCGUUUUUCAGUGGUCUUCUGCAGCUUUUGAUGGGUCUCUUCUCACUCGGGUUCAUCGUUCGCUUCAUCCCAAUCCCAGUGAUCAGCGGUUUCACAUCUGCAGCAGCCAUUAUUAUUGGUUUUGGCCAAUUGCCUGGCAUACUUGGUAUGUCCGGGAUGCCGAAGAAACUCGUUCCGCGACUCCACAAGACCUUCAGUAACAUCGCCAAGACGAACUAUUGGGAUGUUGUCCUUGGCGUCGCUUGCGUUCUCUUGCUGGAAGCAUUUCGACGGGUUAAUCGAAUGGCCAUAUUGUACAAACGAGAAGAGUCGAUGAGCAAGAGAAUCAUGAAGAAAAUAGUUUGGUUUGUGUCUGUUGGCCGUAAUGCAGUCAUUGUCUUUUUUACGACAUUUUUGGCUCUCAUGAUGGAAACACAUGGAAAUGGUGGGCAUUUUACCCUCACCGGAGCUAUCAAAAAAGGCCUACCGAAGUUUGAGGUGCCAAAAUUGACCUCCCACGAUGGCAACAGCACUAUCUCCACCACCCAGAUACUUACGGAGAUCGAAGGUGGCCUUAUUGUCUUACCCAUGAUUGGUUUUCUCGAAAGUGUUGCUAUUGCCAAGGCGUUUGCAAGGAAGAAUAGGUACAAGGUCGAUCCCAGCCAAGAACUGAUUGCACUUGGCAUUGCUAACUUUGUUGGCGCAUUUUGUUCAGCCUAUCCAGUUACUGGAAGUUUUUCAAGGACAGCUGUCAACUCGAUCAGCGGUGUUGCUACUCCUUUGGGAGGUGUUUUUACCGGAGGACUUGUCAUGUUAGCCCUUGGUGUACUCACUCCAUUCUUUCAAUACAUCCCCAAAGCGGCCCUCGGUGCUGUUAUUCUAUCCUCUGUUAUCCAUAUGAUUGACCACGAAGUGGUCAGGAAAAUGUGGAAGAUAAAGAAAGUGGACAUUAUUCCAUUUAUCCUAACAUUUGGUUUAUGUCUAUACGAUAUUGCCACUGGUAUCGUUGCUGGAAUUGCAUGCGCUCUGUUACUCUUAAUUUAUCGGUUGGUUGUACCACGUAUUGAAGCAAGACAACAUGAAGUAACGGUGAUUCGAAUAAAUGGUGGCUUAACAUACGUUGGUAUUGAGCAUCUUGCAACAAAAAUUGAGGAGGCUUCAAUUCUGUGUGAGGUGCCUCCUAAGCUGGUGAUCUUAGACUGUAGCAAUAUGUCUGAAUUGGACUUCACUGUAUCGCAAGGUUUCCUUCAAAUCAUCCAGGAUCUUCAAGAUAACGAGAUUAAGAUGUACUUUUCCCGCGUGCAGAAUCACGUGAAAACUAUGCUCAUUAACGCUGGCGUGGAAUCGGUAUUCUUUAGCGAUGACUAUCUGGAUAGUCAUCCCAACCUGUUCAAAACCGAAGAAGAAGUUGACGAAUCUGUCACGGGCGAAUCACCUUGCUGCGACGAGCCACGCUUCUGGAUGAGUUCAGUGUAAAAGGUGAAUUGGGUACCCCCCUCCAAGAAAAUUUGCUGAUAUUGUAUCUAAAUGAUUGAUGUGCCUAUUUCCGUCUAUCUCUCUUCCAUAUUGUUUUUGAACAUGCAUCAAUGGGAAUCGCGAGACUUCCCUGAAGAUAUUAAUUUUUCAUCUCGUCAGGUAAUAACUUUUAACUCGACUCUCUUUAGCAAAUAGCAAAUUUUCUUUGAGACAAGGAGGGUACUGCAGUUGUAAAUCGCAGUUCAAAAGGAUUGUGGUAACAACUUUUAUAUAGUUGUGUAUUGUGUGUAAAAGUAUUUUAACAUUAUGCAAGCGGGCUUAAGGUCUAAAGUUUUGGUGAAAAUUUAGGUCACAAGAUUCAAUAAUUUUAUUAAUCUUCUUCAUACUCGUAACUUUUGGAGAUUUGACGUGAACUUUUAAGAAAAUCUGAUGAGUUGAGAGACUAAAAACACAAUUUUAUAAAAUUCGAUUUCUUCUGACGUUUAUUUUCAGUUUUUUUUUAAAUACUGCAUUCAAUUGCCUCUCAUUUAUCUCGUGAAAAUCACGUCAUCUCUUGAGUCACGUGUUCACCAACUGCAUUCGCAAACGCCUUAACACUGUGAAUUGUGGCUUGACGCUGUUGAAUAUUACAGUUCACUUUGGCUUAACAUUGAUAACAUAAGUUCUAACUAUUUUUGAUGGCAGAGCGAUAAUGAGACAUCGCUUUGUUAUUAAUUACAUCGAAAUACAAAUAAACAAAGCAACACUAAUCAUAUAAAAAAUUUUGGAUUUUAUAAAUCUGUUAAAUUUAUUGAUUAUAUAAGUAAUUAAAAUAUUUAAGCUAGUUUCAUAGCUUGAAAUUCAAAAAUUAAAAGUUUUGUAUUUUACACUGGACGAGAUUCCCUCUAGAUUUGUCAAUAAUUUGUUAAUCUGUCUCGCCGUUACUAUCUUUAAUCCGUUCUGGUAGAGUAAUACACUGUUCAAGAAUUGCAACAAUAUGAUAAUCAUCUUUUCAUUGAGAAUUCAAAUCAUUAUCCCCCUUUUGUUCCCCAUAACCUUCAGUUGACAUCACGAUCUCGUCCAGUGCUUUUACCAUAUAAAUUAUUAUGUAGUUUAGGAUACUAUAGUUUGAUAGGUAGGAUUUUAUAGUAAGAUGAAUACAACUUACCAUUAUUAAAACGAGGAAACCAACGAAAAAAUAUCUUACUCAUACCUUAAUAGAAGAACUCCUCAGCUCACCACAUUUUUUCAUCCCAUAGUUAAUGUUCUUUUUUACUUUAGGCCAGUACUUUUCCUCGCACUUUUUUUCAAUGAUUAUAUAAUAGAUGACAUGAAUAUCAUACUAAAUUUUAAACUACUAAAUUCUUUGAUUUUAGGAAGCGUUGAUUUCAUUUAAUGUAGUGAAUUUAACUUAAUUCAUAAAAAUAUACUAUAUAUAAAUGAAUUUAUAAAUAUAGAAAUGUACACCAUAAACAAUAAUUUUCGUUGAAAACUGUGAUUACAACAUCGAUUUUUGUACAGUGACCAACAAUAAUCCUUCAGAAUGCUGUACAAUGCAUUUUUUGCUAGUUUGUCGCGAAAGAAUUUUUUAGAGUAGACACAAACUAAAGACUAAAGUCAAGCAUCAAUGUGCUGAUCAAUUGUACGCAUGCAGCUGAAAUGUUUUUAAAACUAAAAACUAAUUAUGAUAAUGAAUAAUAAAACAUUGGUAUGGUGAUUAAUAAUGCUUUUAUGAAUUCCAUUCCAAUUUAAUGAUAUAUUGACAAGACUGAUUUUCACCAUAAGUAUUAUGAAGAUAAUUUGCUGUUGCUGUUGUUGUUUCCUGCGCUUAGCCAGCAUUUGUUAUUGUAAGGAUGUGUUUUAUGUUUUAGUGUAUACCAUACUAUGAUAUAUAUAUGUAGCAUGAAAUUUUAAUAUAUUACGUUUAUAAAUAUAGGUUAUUGAAAAGUAUAUUUCAUCAGUAAGUUGUUGAUUUUUUCAUUUGUAAUUAACGUAUCGCAAUUAUGCCUGUUUGGCUCAAAUAUAUUCCAAUAAACUUGAAUUAACAAAUA